UUCUCCAAACCGGCGGCUUUAGGAGGAGCGGCAGUCCUGCCAUACACUCGCGCGCGCACGCACACACUCAAACACGCGCAUACAUACGCUACCGGGGGAUUUAAACCUGUAUGUACCGCCAAAUUAAGGUUCCCGGAUCUCGGAAAACACAUCCAUACGGGAUUAUAAUUAUUAUUUAUACAUUUAGACGUAUAUAUAUAUUUUUUUUUCUUUUUUUUUUUUGAAGAUGUGACGGUUUUUUUGCGCGUGCACGAGGAAAAGGAGCGCUGUCGUUUCAGUCAGGAGUAGAAAGGUGCAGGCAGCUUGUGCAAGACAGAAGGGGGAAAAAAACAACAACGCUGAAGUAAAGAGCUGAAGAAUGAGGCUACAGAACCUUUGAGAACAACAAAGAGAGUGCUAGACAUCCAGUGUGCCAACAUCCCCAUCCUGCCCCGCCCACCCCCUCCCCCGCUUCGUGUGGGACCGUGGCUCUUCCGCCAGGUCGGAGUUCAUGCGCAGAAUGGUGCCCAACAUGGCAGCACUGCUGUGUGUGAGCAGCCUGCUGCUGUCUCCGCUGCUCAGUGGCUCUCUUGCCUUGUCCCCACCUAGAUUCACCAAAGUUCCCGUAGACAUGAUUGGAGUCUCAGGAGGAGUAGUGUCCUUCGUCUGCCAGGCAACAGGGGACCCCAAGCCGAGAGUGUCCUGGAAUAAAAAGGGAAAGCGUGUCAACUCGCAACGCAUUGAGACCAUAGAAUUUGAUGAAGGUGCAGGAGCAGUGCUCCGUAUUCAACCUUUGAGAGCUCCACGGGAUGAAAACAUCUAUGAGUGUGUGGCAGAGAACAGUGAAGGCGAGGUCAGCGUCCAGGCCAAGCUGACGAUCAUCAGAGAGGACCUGCUUCCUGCAGGCUUCCCCACCAUUGACAUGGGUCCCCAGCUGAAGGUGGUAGAACGCACCCGCACAGCCAACAUGCUCUGUGCUGCGAGCGGUAACCCUGACCCUGAGAUCACCUGGUUCAAAGACUUCCUGCCAAUUGAUCCCAGUAUGAGCAAUGGGCGGAUCAAACAACUUCGAUCAGGGGCCUUGCAGAUUGAGAACACUGAAGAGACGGAUCAGGGGAAGUAUGAGUGUGUAGCGACAAACGUGGAAGGCGUGCGCUACUCUUCCCCUGCCAACUUGUAUGUGCGAGUCCGGCGCGUGCCCCCUCGUUUCUCCAUCCUGCCCACCAAUCACGAGAUCAUGCCGGGCGGCAGCAUCAAUAUCACCUGUGUGGCAGUGGGCUCACCCAUGCCUUAUGUCAAGUGGAUGCUUAACUCGGAGGACCUGACACCAGAGGAUGACAUGCCAGUCGGACGGAACGUUCUGGAACUGAACAGUGUGCAUGAGUCAGCCAACUACACAUGCGUGGCCAUGAGCAGUCUGGGCAUCAUUGAGGCUGUUUCCCAAGUUAUUGUCAAAUCCCUGCCCAAGCCUCCAGGUACACCAGUUGUUACUGAAACUACAGCCACCAGCAUCACCAUCACAUGGGACAGUGGCAAUCCCGAGCCUGUUUCCUAUUAUGUCAUUCAGUACCGUGCCAAAAUCCCAGACAGCAAGUUUGAGACCAUGGAUUCUAUCACCACCACGCGCUAUAGUAUCGGCGGCCUCUCGCCCAACACCGAGUAUGAGAUUCGCGUCUCGGCUGUGAACACCAUCGGCCAGGGUCCAGCCAGCGAACCAGUGGAAGCCAGAACAGGGGAGCAGGCUCCUGCCAGUCCUCCCAGGAACAUCCAGGCUAGGAUCAUUUCCCACAGCACCAUGAUGGUGCGCUGGGAGGAGCCGGAGGAGCCCAAUGGUCAAAUCAAGGGCUACCGUGUUUACUAUACAAUGGACCCGUCUCAGCCAAUGGCCGCAUGGCAGAUUCACAAUGUGCAAGACAGCAUGAUCACGACAAUUCAGAACCUUGUAGCCUCUGAGACCUACACUAUCCGCGUGCUGGCUUUUACCUCAGUAGGAGAUGGUCCAUUUUCAGAUUCAAUUCAUGUCAAAGUGCUACAGGGAGUUCCCGGACAGCCAUCCAAGUUUCAGAUUGGCGAGGUGUCGAGCACCAGCAUCGAGCUGACCUGGGAGCCUGCAUUUGACAAAGAGGGGAUCAUUAGUUAUGAGCUUCGUUAUAAAGAAGGCAGUCAAGGGAAUCAGGUAACAAAAUCAUUCAACCCAACCUCGUCGUAUGUGGUGGAGGGUCUGCGACCGAACACAGAGUAUUUCUUCUCCCUGGCGGCUAUUUCGAACAAAGGCAUUGGCGCCUUCACCAAUGAAAUCUCUCAAAAGACAUCGCAAUCCAAGCCAUCCGCCCCCCCUCAGGAGGUUAAAUGCUCCAGCCCUAGCUCCACCUCUCUACUGGUAAGUUGGCACCCCCCGCAUUCUGAGAGCCAGAAUGGCCCGCUGGUCGGGUACAUAGUGCGCUAUGCAGUGGCGGGGGGCGGAGCUGGGGUGGGAGUCGGAGCUGAGACCACAGACGAGCUGCAGGCCCCAGCCACGUCCACUGAGAUAACGCUGCAGCGACUGGAGAAGUGGACAUCAUACCGUGUGAGCGUGGCUGCAGCCACCGCUGUGGGCCCGGGCCCGGAGAGUGUAGUACUCACAUGCCGCACUGAUGAGGAUGUCCCUGGUGCACCUCCUCGGCGGGUGGAGGUAGAGGUAAUCAACUCAACCGCACUGAAGGUGAUGUGGCGAUCACUGUUGCCCGGGCGGCAACACGGCCAGAUCCGCGGUUACCAGGUGCACUAUGUGCGGGUGGAGAAUGGUGAAGCACGAGGGCUUCCUCUCAUCAAGGAUGUAAUGUUAGCUGACGCCCAGUGGGAAAAGGACGAUACAGCUGAAUACGAGAUGGUGAUCAGGGGGCUGCAGCCGGACACCACCUACUCCAUCACAGUGGCAGCCUACACCACCAAAGGUGAUGGAGCACGCAGCAAACCCAAACUAGUGGUGACCAAGGGAGCAGUGCCAGGCCCUCCCUCCCUCUGGGUCCAGCAGGACUCAGAGAGCUCAGCUGUGGUACACUGGCUCCCUCCUGAGCUUCUUGCUCCUGGUGUGGAGCUUCUCGGUUAUCGCCUCCAGUUUGGUCGUAAAGAUGUCCCACCACUGGCGACACUGGAGUUCGCACCAUACGAGCGUGAGUUCUCUGUAUCCAGCAUGCACCGGGGCGCCACCUACAUCUUUAAGAUUUCAGCCAAAUCGCGUUCUGGUUUUGGUGAGGAGGCCAGACGGGAGCUCAGCCUCGAAGAAGAGGCGCCGCACGGCUACCCACACAUCAGCAACGGCUCCAAUGUCACCUGCUGCUCAGUGCACUUCUCCUGGCUGCCUCCGGUUCUGGCCGAGCGUAACGGCGCGAUCACGGAGUACACGCUGGCCUACCAGGAAGCGGGCACUGCCAGCAAGCCCAUGGAGCUGCAUCUGCCAGCCACCGAGCACAGCUACACAUUGAACAGCCUCAAACCAGACUCUGUUUAUGACGUGAAAAUCCGUGCACACACCAGCGUAGGUCCCGGGCCCUACAGCCCGACCGUCCAGUAUCGCACAGUGGCCCUCACCACAGAUGUUCCUAAAAACUUCACAGUUAAGUUGGUCACCAAGACAACAGUGCUGCUGGCAUGGAAGUUUUCUGACAGCCGCUUCCCAUACCGCUGCAUGAUCGAAUACAACCGCCAGAAAGUGGACAUAGAUGCCCGCAUGACCAAAGCCCUCAUCACCAACUUGAGAGCCAACAGCUCCUACGAGUUCCACAUCACAUGCCCGGACAGUGGCAACGGAGGCCCCAGACAUUGGCUUGUAGCUCGCACCGCUCCCUCCAUCCUCACUAUCAAACCAGAGCUGGAUGUAAGAAGAGAACCAGACAACACUGUCACCAUCAUCCUCCCUCAGCUUGACACCAGAGAAAUAAUCAAGUCCGUCUAUGUGGUAGUGGUUCCACUAAAGAAAGGCAGAGGGCCGAUAAGACACAUCAAGAGCCCUGAUGAAAUGGAUCUGGAGGAGCUGUUGAGGGACGGGAAUGUGAAGCAGAGACAUGCACGGACAACACGACAGCUGCGCCAGGUAGAUGUGAAGAGGCCAUACAUUGCUGCCAGCUUUAAACCCAGCACUGUGCCUCCAACCUUCACACUGGGCAACCAGAUGGUCUAUAAUGGCUAUGAGAACCGUGCUCUGGAGCCAGGACAGGACUACGUCUUCUUCGUUCUGGCUGAACUCAACUCCACCAGUGCGAAGAUGUUUGUGGCCAGUCCUUACUCUGACCCUAUCAUGGCCCCCGACGUGGACCCCCAGCCCAUGGAGACUGGUGGAGACGGCCUCAUCUGGGUGGUGGGACCGGUUCUGGCCGUGGUCUUCAUCAUCUGCAUCGUCAUCGCCAUUCUGCUGUAUAAAAACAAAAGGAAGGAAUCAGAGCCACGCACCAAAUGUCUGCUCAACAACGCCGAGAUCACACCACACCAUCCCACCGACCCUGUGGAGAUGAGGCGCAUCAACUUCCAGACUCCAGAUUCAGGUUUGAGCAGCCCUCUAAGCGAAGCCACUUUUGACUAUGAAAGAAUGAUGAACCAUCCGCCCAUCCCCAUCACAGAGCUGGCAGAACACACAGAGCUGCUCAAAGCCAACGACAACCUGAAACUCUCACAGGAGUACGAGUCCAUCGAUCCUGGACAGCAGUUCACCUGGGAGCACUCCAACCUGGAGGUCAAUAAACCCAAGAAUCGCUACGCCAAUGUCAUCGCCUAUGACCACUCCCGGGUCAUUCUGGCACCGAUUGACGGCAUUGCAGGCAGCGACUACAUCAACGCUAACUACAUUGACGGCUACAGGAAGCAGAACGCCUACAUCGCCACACAAGGCCCUCUACCAGAGACAUUCGGGGAUUUCUGGAGGAUGGUGUGGGAGCAGAGAGCAGCUACCGUGGUCAUGAUGACUCGGUUAGAGGAGAAGUCACGGAUUAAGUGUGAUCAGUACUGGCCGAGCCGAGGGACGGAGACAUACGGCAUGACCCAGGUCACCCUGCUGGACACCAUCGAGCUGGCCACCUUCUGUGUUCGCACCUUCUCUUUACACAAGAAUGGUUCCAGUGAAAAGCGUGAGGUACGUCAGUUUCAGUUUACAGCAUGGCCAGAUCACGGAGUGCCGGAGUACCCAACACCCUUCCUAGCAUUUCUGAGGAGGGUAAAGACCUGCAACCCACCUGACGCAGGGCCCAUAAUUGCCCACUGCAGUGCCGGUGUGGGCCGCACAGGCUGCUUCAUCGUCAUUGACGCUAUGCUGGAGCGCAUCAAGCAUGAGAAGACAGUGGAUAUUUACGGUCAUGUGACGCUCAUGCGCGCCCAGAGAAACUACAUGGUACAGACAGAGGAUCAGUACAGCUUCAUCCACGACGCCCUGCUGGAGGCGGUCGCCUGCGGCAACACAGAGGUCCCCGCCCGCAGCCUCUUCUCCUACAUCCAGAAACUGGCGCAGGUGGAGGCUGGAGAGCAUGUCACAGGCAUGGAGCUGGAGUUCAAGAGACUGGCCAAUUCCAAGGCCCACACAUCUAGGUUUAUAAGCGCCAACCUGCCAUGUAACAAGUUUAAGAACCGCCUGGUAAACAUCAUGCCAUAUGAAACUACCCGAGUUUGCCUUCAGCCAAUCAGAGGACUAGAAGGCUCCGACUACAUCAACUCCAGCUUUAUUGACGGAUACAGGCAGCAGAAGGCUUACAUAGCCACCCAGGGCCCAUUAGCUGAGACUACAGAGGACUUCUGGCGCAUGCUGUGGGAGAACAACUCCACCAUUGUAGUGAUGCUCACCAAGCUGAGGGAGAUGGGAAGAGAAAAGUGCCAUCAGUAUUGGCCAGCAGAGCGCUCCGCUCGGUAUCAGUACUUCGUGGUGGAUCCCAUGGCUGAGUACAACAUGCCCCAGUACAUCCUCCGGGAGUUUAAAGUUACAGAUGCAAGGGAUGGACAGUCUCGGACUGUGCGACAGUUCCAGUUUACUGAUUGGCCAGAGCAGGGAGUCCCCAAGUCAGGCGAAGGUUUCAUCGACUUCAUCGGCCAAGUGCAUAAAACCAAGGAGCAGUUUGGCCAGGACGGCCCCAUCUCUGUCCACUGCAGUGCUGGUGUGGGGCGGACCGGAGUCUUCAUCACACUCAGUAUCGUGCUGGAGAGGAUGCGCUACGAAGGCGUGGUCGACAUCUUCCAGACGGUCAAAAUGCUCAGAACCCAGCGACCAGCCAUGGUGCAGACCGAGGACGAGUACCAGUUUUGCUACCAGGCAGCUCUUGAGUACCUAGGAAGCUUUGAUCACUAUGCAACGUAAGAAGCCAUUUCCUUCCCCCCUGCCCAGUGCCCCCCUCUACAGCCUCCUGAGCCAUAGGAACCUGCUUGAAACAAUUGAAAUAGUGACAACUAUACAAAAAAAAAAUAUAUCAACAAAGAAAAAAAGUAAAUAAACCCUUUUGUGAAGUAAAAACAAAACCACAGAGUGUACUUGGCAGCAGAUUCCAGGACCAUCAUCGUGAAAAUCCUAAUUGGACCGCGCCUAAACCAAGGCAGAUGGAAGGAUCCGUUUAGAAACCAACUCCCUGUACGUACGUCCUCAAUCAUGAGACAGAACCCAAAGUAUUGGCUCAGGCCGCGGGGUGGGAAUGAUGUAUAAGUCGGACCGCUUACUUUACCUCAAGUGUUCUGAUAUGGAGGAUAUUAUUAAUCUUUAUGUGGACGUAUAACUCCAAACCAAUCCUGUAAAGAUACAACAAAAUAAUCAGUCAGUGAAGGAGGAGCGAAAUAACAAGAUUCUCCUGCACGUGUGUUUGAGCAAAUGAUGAUCGAAGUAGACGUGAUCGCACCAGACUGGUGAGAUGAUUGUGCCUGAGAUCCUUCAGUGUUGAGUACAGCGGGCACUUGUUAAUUCCAGAUGGUUCUCAACUAAUUUUAUCAUGGUGGUGGCAGGAGAAGAAUUGUAGCUGCAGUCUCUACAAUCCCAUCCAUUUUCCAGACAUCAAGGCAAGUUGCAGUCAUCUUAUAGAAAGUGCUAAUUCUCCAGAAGUCGUAUCGGUGCUUUUUCGGGACAAGCUAGCCAAUGUCUUCACAACACGCCAAUGUAGCUUUGUCUUGAAACCGUAUGGAGGCGCCUGGAGUGUGACCCAGACAGUAUCUUCAGCCAGGAAUGUAAGGACCAAAUAAUUCUCCACUGAGUUAUGUUACCUUUGACUGGUUUUCCCACUGCCAUGUGCUGUGUGGUUCAGAACCUGGUAGACGUGGACUACCACCGUUACACACAUGGAAUCAUAAGAUUGGUACUCGAGUGACCAUCAUUCACCACAAUUCAUUGCCUUGAAUCUGGAAAGGCUUUUCCUUAGACAAAAAACAUACUUUGUCUUGUGUGACCGACCCAACAAUGAAAGAUCUCUCAACGUUCCUGAAGGCAGUCUACACCAUGACAACUGCUUGGCGCUCCCUGAACACUUUUAAGACCCAUCAUUUCAUCACAGCUUCAUUGGCCUUUCGCGAUAAAUCAACUUAGUUAAAACAACUAACAGAAACAGGGCGGUUUGACUUAAUGUGCGCAUCUCAGAACUAUUCAUUAAGACUUGAACAUAUAUUUGUGUGACAGGAAGCGGGGAAGCUUCCCCUCUUUUCUCUCCCUGCAUAGGUCAAAAUGGUGUGUGUGUGGGAGCAAGCGUGUGUGUGUGUGUGUGUGUGUGUGUGUGUGUGUGUGUGUGCGUGUGUGCGCGUGCAUACUGGAGAAUCCUUGAACAGCAGAGCUUUCAGAUUAGUGUGCAAGGGAAGAUGCUGAUUGCGCUGUGGAAGAGCCGUGUGUAGUCUUUUCUUAUUUCCAAAAAGCCUUAUCGUUGUUGUAACAUUAUACAAAAUGACAAUGUUGUAUAAUUAUUAUUGUUAUUAUUAUGAUUACAAUUAACAUAAUUUCAUUUUAAUUUUAUCUGUUUAGUUUUAUAACAUAAAAAUACUGUACUUUUUUUUAAUAGGAGGAGAAAAAGAGCUGGUUUUGUUCAUAUUAUGUUAAAAGACAUUCUAUUUUUUCACUAUAGAAUUGUGGAAUGUGGUUGUGUAUGUAUGUUUAUGCACACACACUCACAUGCACAGUAUAUUUAAAUGCAAAAUACAAAGAUGUAUCCAAAUCUUAGUACGGUUAGUAUUUUCCUGUAUUUCUAUUUCACUUGUGAACAUGUAUUCAUUUGUAUUAAUUUUUUUUUUUUUUAAAUCAUGAUUUGGAAAACUGCAGCUGGCCUUGUUCUUAUUGCUCAGAAAGGUAUGAACUUGUAGGUUUGAUUUUUAUUUUAAUCAUUAUUAGUAAUGUGUAGUAUGAGGCUUUUUUUUUUAAGUAGAAUCUUUUUUUUAGCAUUAACUUUUUACUUCUACUUUUUUAUAUUCACAAGCUCAACUCACCUGCCUUUUAUUUUUAUUUUAUUUUACAUUAUCAUUUACUUUUUUUAAAUUUCAAGACUGAUCCUGGGCUUGUUGUGUUCGAACAAUGAUCCUGAAUAUGAUGUGUAAAUAAA